UUCACUCCCUUCUUCACUCUGUGCACUCGGUCACAGAGUAGAUCGGGAUCUGCAGCAUUUUCUUCCUCUUCCUGCAUUUCUUCCUUUGUGGAAGAAAAUAUAUAAGCUAGAGGAUGUCAAUUUCAGGUCGAUUCCUUCUUCUCUGUACCAUUUUUUCCUUCUUCCUCUUCAGCAAUGCCUCCCUUCACGAGUACGCGCAGGCAGAAUUGUUACUGAAGGGAAACGCCUUCGUCCUCCAUGGCGGCAGUGAGGGACUCUAUGCAUCUGUUCUUGAGAAAAACACGUCUGCGGUCGCGAACGGCGAGUCCUACAUCCGGUUUGAGAAAAUCACUUUCAGACGGACGGAAGAAUCUGCUAAGCUGCACUCUAAUGCAGAAGGCAACACUGGGUUGGUCCAAGCUGUUGUUUUCGAGGUGGAAGAUCGAGAAACAAUUGGUGGUUCUGCUUAUGGUGGUCAAAGAGCUGUAUGCUGCACGCCUGAUCUUGCUAAGCUAGGUGCCUGUACACAAGGGGAGGUUAUUCACCGGCCCUCGGUGAAAAAUCCUGACUGGCCAAAAGUGUUCUCAACGUAUUUCCAAGGGGACAACCUUUACACCACCAUGGAAUCAAAGAACAUACAAAUCUCUAGGACCGGAAUGUACAACUUGUACUUCUUUCACUGUGAUCCAAGCCUCAAGGGGCUUCUUGUAGAGGGCAAGACUGUAUGGAAAAACCCCACAGGGUAUCUUCCUGGAAGGAUGGCCCCCCUUAUGAAUUUCUAUGGAUUCAUGUCCCUCGCGUUUGUACUCCUUGGAAUCAUCUGGUUUUCUCAGUACGUCAGAUUCUGGAGAGAAGUUUUGCAGCUUCAAAAUUGCAUCACCUUUGUUAUUGGGUUGGGAAUGUUUGAGAUGGCAUUAUGGUAUUUUGAGUAUGCUGCUUUCAAUGCAACAGGAGUCCGACCUUCGGGGCUUACCGUAUGGGCUGUAACAUUUGGUACUGUAAAAAGAACAGUAUCUCGUGUUAUCAUACUUAUGGUUUCCAUGGGAUAUGGGGUGGUUAGGCCAACCCUUGGAGGCCUCACUUCGAAGGUGCUUUUGCUAGGAGCAACAUUCUUCCUGGCCUCAGAAGUUCUUGAGUUGGUAGAAAACGUUGGUUCAGUAAGUGAUUUCUCUGGGAAGGCAAGGUUGUUUCUUGUUCUCCCGGUUGGGCUUCUUGAUGCUUUUUUCAUCCUCUGGAUAUUCAAGUCCCUCUCGAGGACACUUGAGAAACUUCAGACAAGAAGAAUGACGGCCAAGUUAGACAUCUAUAGGAAAUUCACGAAUGCACUGGCAGUGGCUGUGCUCGUAUCAGUUGGCUGGAUCUGUUAUGAGCUUUACUUUAAGUCGAAAGACAUUUACAAUGAAGGUUGGCAGAAGGCCUGGAUCAUUCCAGCCUUCUGGCAGGUGCUUUCUUACUCGCUCCUCUGCAUCAUCUGCGCGCUCUGGGCACCCUCUCAAAACUCAAUGCGCUACGCAUAUUCGGAGGACGCCGGUGAAGACUUCGAUAAGGAUGAAAGCCUAACUCUGCUUAAACCAGCAAGUACUACUGUAAAGGACGAAAACAGUCUGCGAUUUACGGAGACCACACAAGCUGAUUCUUUACUGCGUGGUGAUGAACCCGAAGAGGACAAGAGGGAGUAGACACCAUCUGGGAUUACAUAGUUGACAUUUGGCAUUCGUCACCCAUUUAGAAAAUUGAAGUAUGGUGGACGAUAUUUGGGCGAUGCUCAUAAUGGUCCUUCAGCGAAGCUGUUCGCUGAAGCUGCAUGUGAUUGGGUAGAGCUGUUGCCUUUUUGUUGUAUUUGAUGGAAUGAAAGUGCUUGUUCUUCGUUCAAAUAUGUGAAUUCCUGAACUGAGAUCCGAUUUAAUUGUGGAACAUCCGAAAUGUCACAAUCAAUUGGAGAAAAGAUGUCAAUAGGGUACAGCAGUUU